AAAACACCAAGAAGACAACAUGACAAUAUCAAUAAUUUAUUGACUCAUCCUGUAGCAGAGCGGAUGUUAUAUCAGGCAAACUCCAUCUAGAUGAUGCAUCGAUACACAACGCUACUGACAUUGCCAUCCACAAUCCUGCACACCAGCUACUAUGCGCUUCAACACCCUCAUACUCUUUCUUAUUUACAUCCUACCAACUACGCUAGCCCUCCGUCCCCGACCAUGGACACCUAAAGACCCUUGUCCCACUUCUAUCAAGGCAUAUAUUCACGAUGAACCUUGCCGGUCCGACGAUUGCGAUCCCGAUCAUUUCGCUUUCACAUCCUUGAACUCCGUCCACUCCGCCCUUCUUACCUGCCCCAACAUAUCCUCCCUGGAUAUCAGCAUCUGGGGAUUCUGUAGUACAUGGCCAGACCGGAUGGACCUACCACUGAGCCCUUUCGGUGGUGAGACAUAUCCCGAUAUCAAGUCUUUGCAGGUUUUGGGCUACUACGGAUGGGAUAGACGGGAAAGUCGCAACGUUUGGAAUGCGCCGAAGUGUCUCGCACAGAGCAAACUGGAAUGCUUCAAGGACACCUUGUACUGGUAUUACAAACGACAUUGGCAGAGCUGGCUUGCAUGGUGCACGCAAUCGAAACAUCAGCUUGAGAAGACCAACGCGGAGUUGUGGCUUGAUGCGAUGGACUGGAAGUGUAUCGAGGAGCUUUCCGUAGAUACAGUCCCAGACAGCGUGCGAAAGGUCCUCUCGCAGUCCCGAGCGCUGCGGAAGCUGAAGACAACAGACGGCGAACUCAUCCUGAACUUGCCAAAGAACAUGCUGACGCACCUGUCUCUUGUCAACGGCGAGCGCGACACGGCCCUUUUCGACGAUAUUUUGAACCAUCAGGGCGGGUCUUUAGAGAGUCUUGAGAUGCGCUGGGAUACUGAGCAUCAUCCAUGGAGGUAUAACGGCGAUCUUGACGACGAGAUCCUGAUAAUAACGAAAAGCGCGAAGAAACUCAGGCAUCUUAGCAUGAACGUCUUGCGUAACGCUACCAGCUCGCCUUUGGAAACGUUGGAAAAGAUUGCUACUAUACCCACAUUGCGAGAAGCGGACUUGUGGAUACAAGUGCUCGACCCAUGGAACUUGGGCGCGGACGAGUUCAGCGAUCAAUAUAAGGGGGAGACCAGAAUCGGACCACCACUCCUUAGCCACAGAGGAGCGCUGAGCAUCUUCAGGUAUAUGAGAGACAAGAAGCAAGGGGAAGAGUUGGAGAAAGUAACCUUUUGGGUUGGCGACUGGACAGAUAAUUGGUACGAGGAUGACCCAAGAGUGAAGGUAGCAUGCGAAGCGAAAACAGAUGUUGACAUGAAAGACUGGUGUGUGGGGGAAGACGAGUGGCCACAAGCGGAUUUUCAGUGUGGGACGUUAUGAGUUUUGAAUUUACGCUGGCUUCUCAGUAGAUACAUGCAUAUUCUUCCCAUCUUAGUCGUGACUGACGGUGGGAUCCCAUGCGCAGGGCUCAUACACUCCGGUAUCCAGGCUCUCCAU